AUGGCUAGCCUUGGCACUGACGCUCAAUCUUAUGAAGGGUUUGUGGAGAACGGCGGUGUCCGGGUUCAUUUUCGCACAGCUGGUCAAGGCCCUCUACUGCUUCUGCUCCACGGCUUUCCCGACAAUGGAGAAACGUUUAAGGCGCAGGUGGCGGAAUUUUCAAAGAAAUAUACAGUUGUUUGCCCGACCUUACGCGGAUUUCCCCCUAGCAGUGUGCCAGAUGACGUGGACGCAUACGACUUAUCGAAUGUUGUGGGUGAUAUGAUCACCAUCCUCGCCCAUUUCAAGGCUGAAAAGGCCAUUAUUGGCGGUCAUGAUUUUGGCGGGGCAGCGAUUCAGAUGCUGGCGCUAAUGAGGCCAGAGCUUGUUGCGGGACUAAUCCUCAUCAACACACCGAUUUUGCCAAGGUUCUAUGAUCUGGUGAAUUUUGAUGAAGGACAGCAAAAAAUGUCCGAGUACACAAUAAAAUUCAUACAAUAUCAACCUGGCGAUGAAAAGAAUGAGGCAGAUGUUGUGAAAUUCAUAAGGGAUACUGCACGACGGCAAGAAGUAGCGGAGUACAUGCGCUCUUCUCCAAUGCAUGGCAUGUUCGCCUUAUACAAAAAGAACUAUCCCGGUCCACCUUAUGGUCAGAAUGUCGAUACAUCACACAUGCGUUUUCAAGUCCCGACACUGAUAAUCUGGGGUGUGGAGGAUGAAUACUUCUCUCCCAGAUUCCUUGACCAACUCCUACAGCAUUUCCUUGCACCUACCCGACUCGUCACGUUGCCAGCAACAGGGCAUUGGCCAUUCCAAGAACAAGCGGAGAAGGUCAACUCGGAGAUCUGGUCUUGGCUUGAAAUGUUGAAGCUUGGCUAA